AUGGAUUAUCAAUCGUCUUCCCGGUCCCAGAAAAAGCCAUCCUCAACAGGCUCAGAUAGAGCAUCAUCGUCGAGACAAGCAGUACCAACAACAACAGUUCCCCCAAGUCUACGAUACUUCACAGCAGCAGCUAGCUCGUCAAGACCCUACGAAUCGCCCUACGCUCAAGAUCAGGACAGACGAUCUCAACCACCGCCAGACUCGUCAGUCCGCUCUACAUCAAGAUCGACAGGCGUGUACCCAACCUUGACCGGCCCUUCUCCUACGCGAGUACCUCACUCCACCCAGAGCUCUUCCUCCUCAGGCCGUUCUCUCUACGACUCCCCAGGUCCCCGAGGCAGCCGUAACACUACUCCGGGAGGCACGAUGAGUACCCAAAGGACUAUGAGCUCGAAUGAUCGAGAACAGUUGAUCCGAUCUUUACGCACUCACCGCGUCAAUACUCUUACAGAGCUACGCCGAAUUGAGAAGCUCUUUGCGUCCAACGACUCAGCAGACGUCACCGAGGCCAUGACCACUGCCUGGGCUCACUAUGUCAACUCCAACAACCUUCUUAGCGAACUUCGAGGCAUGACCAAGAAUUAUCCAUUUAGCUCAGAAUGUCUGGACGAGGCCAAGUGGCAAGUCAUUGGAGACCCUACUAGUACCCGGAGUUGGAACUACUGCUGGUUGAUACUGACCAAAAUCAAGAACGACCUGCACUCCUUGGUUCAGCGUGAACGUGGCUAUCAGCUAGCUGUGAAAUACCACAUAUGA